AGGGUGUGGCUUAUCAAAUCACAAAAAGUACACAAACUGAAAGCUUGAACAUUGGAACAAAGUGCUUUUCCUUUUAGCGUCUUCUUAUUGAGAAAAUAUUCGUCUUAAAAUGAGGGUUAUUUGUGUGACUCUCCUGAUUCUCUCCAGCAUUGUGGAAUCUCAGUCAGACCCAAAGCCACACUGAGUACGUCAAUGUCUCCACUAGACUACAUUUACCAGCUUACUCAACACAGGGGUUAUUUGUGUGACUCUCCUGAUUCUCUCCAGCUUUGUGGAAUCUCAAUCAGAGCGAUUCCAGAUGGUUGGUCCAGAAGCUCCUCUUGUUGCUGUAGCUGGUGAAGAUCUGGUUCUGCCCUGUUUUCUCAAACCCAGCAGCAGCGCUGUGGACAUGACAGUGGAAUGGAUGAGACUAGAGGAAGUGGCUUCAUUAGUGCAUCUCUAUAAGGAUCAUAAAGACAGAAAUGAAAAGCAGGCUCAGCCCUACAGAGGAAGAACAUCACUAUUUAAAGAGGAGCUACAGAAAGGCAACGCUUCACUCAAACUCUCACCUCUCCGAGUCUCUGAUGAAGGAAGAUAUAAGUGUCUCAUUGAGGACAAAUCCUGGUAUGAUAACAUCACUGUUAACAUCAUUGUCGAGGCUCAGGGAAGCCACCCAGUGAUCAUGAUGGAGAGUUAUGAUCACUCAGGAGGGAUUAAUCUAGUGUGUGAGUCCAGAGGCUGGAAACCUGAACCUGAGGUUGUGUGGCUGGACAGAGAAGGAGCCGCUCUGCCUGCUGAAGAUACACAGACACACAGAGACACUGAGGGCUUCAGUGUGAAAAGCCGCACCACUGUUUAUGAUUAUAGCGACUCCAACAGAUAUUAUUGCAGACUUCUACAAGAACAUCACAUGAUGGAGACAGAGGUCAUCAUUAAUCGUAAAGUCUUUGAUGCUUGGAGGUGGGUUGUCGGUGUUUCAGUUUCAGCAUGUCUUAUUGCUGUCGGAUGGAUAGUAACUGCAGUUAUCUGUUACAAAGAGCUUCAGAAGCAGAAGCAAAAAGCAGCCUCAGAGCUUCAAAAGGAGAAGGAAUUUGCAGAGCUGCAGAGACAGAGAGUGGAAGACGAGUUUAUAAAGAAAUCGUUGUGUGCAGUGGAUGUGACUCUGGAUCCUGAUACAGCAAAUCCAUAUCUCAUCCUGUCUGCUGAUGGAAAAGAAGUGAGAGGUGGAGACAAGCGGCAGAAUCUCAUACUACUGAGGUUUGAUCGGUAUUUCGGUGUUGUGGGAAAGCAGAGUUUCUCAGGGAGAUUUUAUUAUGAGGUGCAGGUCAGAGGGAAAACUGCGUGGACAUUAGGAGUUGUGAGAGAGAACAUUAACAGGAAGGAGUGGAUUACACUGAAACCUCAGUAUGGAGUCUGGACUGUGAGACUGAGGGAUGAGAAUCAGUACUGGGCUAAUGCUGAUCCCGAUGUCCGCCUCCCACUGAGAGAGAAGGUGGAGACGGUGGGGGUGUUUGUGGAUUAUGACGAGGGUCUGGUCUCCUUUUAUGAUGUGAAGUCCAGAUCUCAUAUCUACUCUUUCACUGCUCAGUCUUUCACUGAGAAACUCUAUCCAUUCUUCCAUCCUGGUUAUAAUGCUGGAGAUAAAAACGCAGCCCCACUGAUCAUCUCUCCUGUAUUAAAGACUGAAUGAAUUUUCACCUCACAGAUUUAAUCAUCUAUUAAAUGGUGAGAAUCAAAAGAAAUAUUUUACUUUUUCUGGUGAAUGUUAGAAAGACAUUUCCCCUUUUAAAGUUCUGUACAGUUUAUUUUAAUGCCUGGGGUUUGUUUUCUCAUCAAUAAAUCAUUUGAAUCCUACAGUCUGUUUUUUACACAUUAUGAUUGUGGAAGUUUGUCGUUGCGAAUCAAAUCUGAAUAAAGCUGAUUUACAGUUCACACUGAGAUUUACUGCAGAAUUGAAUCUGAUCAAUAAAAUGGAUGAAGUUCA